AUGUCUGAACAAGGCCCUGUCUCACCUUCUGGGCCAAACCUACCGGCAUCAAACGUGGCAGACUCGGAUGACCGCACACAACGAACAGCUCGACGCGACUUUAUCGACACACGCAUCGGUCAACUGGAAGAGGAGAUUCGCAAAUGGAAAAGCGAGAGGAACGAGCUGUCUGAAAUUGCCCGGCUGCCGCCAGAAGUGCUCAGUCGGGUCUUCAUUCACUACCAGCGGCUUUGCACUUCAUCAUCAGCGCCCACACUCUUCUACUCCGCGAUAAAGCCCUUUUCCUGGACCAAAGUCGCACACGUUUCGCGGUAUUGGAGGAAUACGGCGCUGGGGUGUCCGGCGCUCUGGUCGAAUGUUGAAGCCACCACCAACGUCCGGCGGGCCCAGGUCAUGUUCGAACGGUCAAAGCAAGCCCCAAUCUCGCUCACGUUCUCGACGCAGUCGGCCGACAGACCGGAACUUGUGACGAUUAUCAAGGACGCGUGCUCGCAACCGCGCCGCUUGAAGGGGCUCAAGAUACUCGGCUACAACGACUUUGUUCGCCAGCGACUCGAGGAGCUAAUGUCCCCAGCCCCGAAUCUCCAGAGCCUGGAGUUGAGAUGCGACAUGAUCAUGGUUGGAGACGGGACACCAUCUAUCCCAGACGGCCUUCUGGGUGGCGAGGCGCCAAUGCUUCGCACUCUGCAUUUAAAUGGGUACAAGUUUACUUGGCCUGCUCUUUCUGUCUUCUCCGGCCUCACGGUGCUCAACUUGAGCGCGUUCUCCCGGGAACCGGGUGAUUUCCCAGACCCCGAACCCUUCUUCCAAGGUCUCGAAGCUCUGCCCAACCUUCGCGAGUUGGAGCUGGACAUUCCCCUCCCCAUCGUCCCGUUGGCGACAGUCCGCGUCGUUCGACUCCCGCAGCUCGAAUUUCUCGGCCUUCGCGGUUGUCUACGCGAAUGUGACAAUGUUCUGAAGCAUCUCGCGGUUUCCUCAUCCCUCUCCGCUACCCUAGAGAUAUCCCGCCAUCCGCAAGACACUGCUGCCAAUGCGACGGCAUUUGGGCAGGCGGUAUCUCAUGUGUUGGGUCGAGUCCUCCGUUCUCUCACCCUCGACAGCAACCUCUACGGAUCGACUAUUCGUGGUCAUGCUACGGGGAUGGAGGAGGAUAAUGACUGGUACAGUGCCGAGCCCAUCUUAACAAUACACCUCGACACCAACGGUUUCCUACCCGAACUCCUCACGGCUCUACCCUUGAACGACCUCCUCGCCCUCGACUUGAACAUCGGCUGCAAUCAUAAGAUCCUAGCGCCCUUAUCCCGCCUGCCCUCCGUCCGCACCGUCUACGCCGACCGAGUCGCGUCCGAAGACUUCAUCCUCUACGCCAGCAAGGAUCCUGCUUUCGCCCCCACCAGGUCAAGGAAAGGGACGUCGAAGAAGAAGAAAGCCGCAGCGAAACCGAAGAAACUCAAGCGCUUCGCAUCGGUCAGACGGCUCGUGCUCGAAGCCGCCGACUUUCAGAGCAUCGAUAUUGAGUGUUUUUUGGAUUGGUUGAUGAUGAGGUACGAGAUGGGUGGGGAGAUUGAGGAGGUGGAGUUGGCUGCUUGUGUGAGGUUGUAUUGGGAUGAUGUGCAGAGGAUUGAGGAGGUGGUUGUUGAUGUUGAUUGGGAUGGCGAUGUGAAUGACUGUUAUUCGGAGGAAGAGGACGAGGAUGAUGAUGAUGAUGAUGAUGAUGUCCUUUAUGCUGGAUGUGGUUUGCCAGGAUGUAUAACUUGCUUUGGUUUGUAG